AUGCUAAUGACACAGACCCCUGUGUCGCUACUUCAGGGUCAGAAUACCACCAGUUCCUACAAUACCCAGUCCCAGAAAGCAACCUACGAUCGACGCGACCCCGACUUAAGCAACGCGACCACUUUGGUCGACCCUAACGACUCCUCGUUUUAUUUUGCGACCGACUCUGUUGAACCCAUGAAUGGCGUUGCAGGCACGGCGCCCGCGGGCACCAUGUAUGUCCGCGCGCUGUACGAUUACGAGGCAGACGACAGGACCAGUCUUAGCUUUCACGAGGGCGAUAUAAUCCAGGUUAUCACACAGCUCGAAAGUGGUUGGUGGGAUGGUGUCAUCAACGGUGUCAGAGGAUGGUUUCCUAGUAAUUAUUGCGAAGUAAUCCCUAGUCCCGAUGAAGCUCCCGGCGAGACCGAGGAUAAAGCCACCCACGAACAAGUAGUAGAGGAAGAGGCCGAAGACCACGAUGUCUACCACGAAAGUUUUGACGAGGAUGAUGCGUCGGAUCGCGAUGAUGACCCCGAUUCCCUUCCCAUCGAGGGAACCGAUGGCGGCAGGGCUGAUUUCUGGAUCCCUCAAGCCACCCCCGACGGCCGCUUGUUCUACUACAACACUAUGACCGGCGAGAGCAGCAAUGAAUUGCCGCUAGAGUCGCCUGCUUCGAUUAACGAGACCGGUCCCCGCGACCGCAUGACUGUGACGAUACCCGAAAGGACCAGGCCGCCUCCCGAGAUGAUGGCACGUGGUUUGACCCAGGAUGAAGAGGACGAAGACGAUAUCACCUCAGCCUCGGAAGUCGAGGGCGAGACGUUCAUGAAUGCAUCCAGAGGAUCACUCCCCAAGAACCGCCGCUUUUACGAUGGUGUCUCACCGUCCACGUCCAUGGAUUCUAUCAACGGACAGCCCUCCGGUAACAGGGGCCGCAACGAGACAUAUUCAAACGGUCAUCACCAUCCAGUGCCUAUGACAUCGACGACGGCAUUCACUAGCGCAACUUUCAACCUCCCUACCGCCGCUACAAUUCCUCGAUCCUUCUUUGACGAUGGUACUAUGCAACCUCUCACUUGGAGCCGACUGGUUGCCAACAUGAAAAAGGCAAUUGACCGUUAUCGGGAGGCCAUCAAGAACAACCACCGGUCCGAGUACGUUGCACGCGCCGAAGACAUCUCUGACCAUUUGCGCCUUCUCCUGGCGGCUGGUUCGGGGACAACCGACAACCAUUCCGGUCAGCCUUCCAUCAUCUCGACCAACAAGGCGCUAUAUCCUCAUUUCCGAGACAUGAUGUCAAAGUUUUCCAAGCUGGUGAUUUCUUCGCACAUUGCCGCUGCCGAUUGGCCCAACGCCGAGUCUGUCCAAAAGUGUCUGCAGGAGGCCGAUGGCGUUCUUAUGGGAGUUUACAGCUAUGUCGAAGUUGCUAGGCAGCAGAGGGGCGAAGACAUUCCUCGGCUGUUCCCUGGGUUCGUAAUUGGGUCCAACUCUGGCGGGAGCUGGCAGACUAAUGGUCUUGGCCCUCACGAUCCCAUUACCUCCAACUUUCUUGAUGACGAGGAGGGCGUAGUGGAGCCCACUGCCAUUCUCGACAACAAGUUGCUAGAAAGGCUGGAUGAGCAGAAGCGUAUGCUGGUUUCCAGCAUUCGAGAACUGGACAAGAGCUUGGUUGUCACGGAUAAGGUGUUGACUCCUUUCAGACACGAAGUGAUUGGCAACAACAUCUGCGCAGCCGGUGGCAAGGUCGUGGACAUGUUCAGGCCAUGGAUUGCCAUGAUUGAGUCUAUUGACCUUUCUUGCCUUGGUAGCAACGGGUUCCAGCAGCCGCAGCUUCUUGAUUUCGCGACAAACAAGCAAAGUUUGUAUGACAACAUAUCCGACCUAGUACUUGGCUGCCAGGCCGUCGCUGGCCCGCUCGCCGAUGAAUGGUCUGAGGUUCGGGGCCAUGCCUUGGAAGAGAGGCUAGACUAUGUUCGUCAGUGUGCUCGAGCAUUGGAGACCAACUCCUCGCACAUUGGCUUCUCCCUCCAACUACUCUCAGAGCAAGUCCAGAUGGUCAUGCAGCAACAAGCAGAGGCUCGUGCACGUGAACCUGUUCAACGAGCGCCGCUUAACAGAGCUGAUUCGUCGCCAUAUGAGCGGCACAUGAGGACUGACUCUGCCUUCUUGAGACCGGUAUUGAUGAGCUCAGCAUCAUUUUCGGAGGGCGACCCUACUGCUCCUACAUUCCAGCGUAAGGGUGACCCGUCAAAGAUGAAGAAGUUUUUCGGAGAAGAUCCCACCCCGAUUCAGCCUGUGGACGACACGCCUGAGUUCUUGCGUCUGGACUACGAAGCCGAGCUAUCUUGGGAUCAGAAGGUGCAGCCGCCCGUCGUCAAGGGUGGUACUCUCCUCGCUUUGGUGGAGCAGCUUACCCGCCACGACAAGCUUGAUUCGAACUUCAAUAACACCUUCCUGUUGACGUACAAGUCCUUUACUUCGGCUCGCGAACUGUUCGAGCUACUCGUAAAGAGAUUCGGCAUCCAACCACCCGAGGGCCUUACUCAGGCCCAGUUUGAGCAGUGGCAAAAUAGCAAGCAGAAGCUUAUCCGCUUCCGAGUGGUCAACAUUCUUAAGAACUGGUUUGAUAACUUUUGGAUGGAAGAUCAGAGUGAGGAGACAAAGGAGCUUAUCCGUGAUGUCUACAACUUCGCCAAUGACACAGUGAAGUCGACAGAGACACCAGGUUCUAAAGGCUUGAUCACCGUCCUGGACCAGCGACUGAGCGGCAAGGAAGUCAACGUUCGUCGCAUGAUCCAGACGGUCAACCAGAAUACCCCUGCGCCAAUCAUGCCAAAGAACAUGAAGAAGCUCAAGUUCCUGGAUAUCGAUGUCACUGAGUUUGCUCGCCAGCUUACUAUCAUUGAGUCGCGGCUGUACGGCAAGAUCAAGUCUACAGAAUGUCUCAACAAGACAUGGCAGAAGAAGGUUGCCGAAGGGCAGCCAGAACCAGCACCUAAUGUCAAGGCCCUUAUUCUGCACUCGAACCAGAUGACCAACUGGGUGGCUGAGAUGAUUUUGGCGCAAACCGAUGUUAGGAAGCGUGUUGUCGUCAUAAAACACUUUGUUGCCGUUGCCGACAAGUGCCGGGGUCUCAACAACUUCUCUACGCUUACAUCGAUCAUUUCAGCACUGGGAACCGCUCCCAUUGCCCGCUUGAAGAGAACAUGGGAUCAGAUUCCUCAACGCGUUCUCGCGACGCUUGAAACCAUGAGGAAGCUCAUGGCCAGUACUAAGAACUUCGGUGAAUACAGAGAGGCGUUGCAUCUAUCCAACCCUCCAUGCAUUCCUUUCUUUGGCGUGUAUCUUACGGAUCUUACCUUCAUUGAAGAUGGUAUCCCUUCGAUUCUGAAGAAGACGAACCAGAUCAACUUUGCAAAGCGGGCGAAGACCGCAGACGUUAUCGGAGAUAUCCAGCAGUACCAAAACGUCGCAUAUUCGCUACAGCCAGUACCCGAACUUCAGGACUAUAUCUUGUCCAAUAUGCAAGCCGCCGGAGACGUGCACGAGAUGUACGACAAGAGUUUGCAAAUCGAGCCCCGCGAGAGAGAAGAUGAGAAGAUCGUCAGGUAUGUAGAGCCAAAAUUACGCCAGGUAGCUUGUGAUGGGGGUGCUUUUUACUUAGCGAGGUGA